GCAACCACACCGACCACAUAAUCAUCAACGCAUUCCAGACAAAUAUUAACAAAAUGGAUCGAAAGAUUGUUUUUAUUCUACUCCUGGUGCUUCUGCAUAUCACUGCAGUCAUGGCUAACUGGUCGACAGGUCUCAGAUGCGCGGCUGACGCUUUGGGUCGUCGCCGGCGUCGAAGUCGAAGCCAGAGGCGAAGCCGAAGCAGCAGCAGCGGUACAACAGGUAGCAGCAGUAGAAGCAGCAUGAGACGACGACGCCGCCGCCGCCGCAGCAGUAACGAGGAGAUUGAAUCCGACGAAUUUGCUUCGGAAAUAGCGGAUGCACUGUCUGCCGCUGAGAUGGAAGAAGUAAUGCAAAAGAUUAUGGAUCAUCAAAAGUAGUGCGGGUGGAAUAAGAGUCAACCAUUUCAGUGAACUUGUCAUUGAACGAAACAAAGUGUUGAACCAAUAAACGGAACUAAAAUGUA